GAUUUACUACCGGGUGUGUGUGGACCUGAGUCCGGAGACGGUGAUCAUGGCUGAAGAUACGACAGUGGAGACACUAACAAGUGGCCUGAGUCUGUUGGUCAACUUGGGCAAAGUUCUUCUUCAGCAAGCCAAGCAAGAUGCAGAAGCCUCCCUGGAGAACUUAGUCCCAUAUAAGAUCACCACUUUAUUUGGCCUGAUAACAGCUGGCACAGACUUCUAUAAAAGCAUCGGAGUGAAGACGAAGAAUGAGGCAGAGGCCAUUUGGCAGAAGCACUAUCACCAUGAAGCAGUGAGAGAGCAGGUGGAGGAGCUUCUGCAGCUGGAGUGUGAGUGGGACUCCUUCCUGGAGAGCGUGGACAGAGGUCUACAGACAACAGAUGGACAACUCGCAGGAGUAAAGGCUGCAGACAGUCUGAGCCCUGACACUCCAUUUACUCAUGGACGGAGUGGAAAGAGUGUGACUCUGGGUGAGUAUCUGGGUCAGGGUCAGAAGCUGCUGCUGGUUCUCAUCAGACAUUUUGGAUGACUGCCAUGACGAGACCACGUGGCCGAGCUGGAGGCCAGUCAGGCUCUCCGCGAGGCUCGGUCACUGCGGGUCCUGGUAGUUGCGUACGGCAGUUUGGAGGGGGCUCAGCUGUGGCUGCAGCAGACUGGAUGUACCUUCGACAUGCUGCUGGAUCCACAGAGAAAGGUCUACAGGAGCUUUGGCCUCGGCUCGUCCUACGCCAAGGUGAUGAAGUUUGGCUGCCUGUUGCGGUACUCAGAGUACGGAGCUAUAGACAGAGACUUACCUGACUUCCCUCCUCACCUGCUGGAAGACAUCUACCAGAUGGGAGGUGACUUUUUGCUGGAUGAAGCAGGGAAGGUGCUUCUUUCUCACCCGUGUAAAAACCCUCUGGACAGGCCGACUGUGGGGGACAUCCUGCAGGCCGUGGUCUCUGCAGACCGCUCUGCCAGCUCCGCACAGAAACAUCAGCGCAUGGACCAUAAGCUGUGAAAGAUACGUGCACACGUGGGGACGCGGAGCCUGGGGGUGAUUUAACACAACACUGACACCACAGAGGAAGAGCAGCUCUUUGACUCACUUUAAUGACGUCACAUCUUGCUCUCAUGGCAUCAUGAAGAGGUGUGGCUGAUGAAAAACUGUACGGCAAAGACCACUGAUCUUCCUUGUUGUGUCAGUGUUGUGAUGGCAGCCUUUUAAAAUCAGUAGUACUUCCUGAUUAGAGUGUAGCUCGGUCUAAAUGUAAUUUUAUAUUACAUGAAUGUUAUUUUACUUUCAGCUCAUAAUUCAACUGCUUUCGAUUUUGGCGUCAAAUGAAAGGGAGAGGUUCAUUUUUAAUUUUGAAAGGUACAAAUAACUACAUUACCCAGAAAUCAUGCUACAUGAAGUUAACAUUGUCUGCUUUACUGAACUCAUUUUCUUCCAAGUGCCUGAUCAGAGUAGAGACGAUAGGAAGAAAAGUCUUUGCUGCUGUAUCAUCUAUUUCUAAUUUCUUCUUUUUCGAUCAAACUUUUGUCGACUGCGCUUUGAAAUUUUUACAGCAGAAAAAAAGUACAAUCACUGCUGUGCUACAUAUCUGACCUUUUCACAUUUAAAAUAAAAUAAUCAUGAACUUUGA